CGUUCAUUAUUUCAUAUGCGCGUAUGAAUCCUAUUGUCUUAUAUUACAUUGUAUUUCAGUUUCCGCAAACUAUCAGAUAAAAUAUGAUAUAAUACCGUGCAAUUUUAUUUGCAUAUCAUUGCAGAAUUAAAGCUAUUUUUUCUGUCCUAUAGUUCUUUUUUGAACUCAACAAGCUGGCAUCUGUUUACAAAUCACUGGAAAAUCGUAUAUAAGCUGAGCAAGCUAAUCUCUGUUAAAAAUCAAGAUCAUCAUCAAUUAAACAAGAAAUAAAUUUUUUAAUCGCAAAAUUCUUCCGAAAAUUUUUUUCGAUCGACAGAUUUUUUCUUGUUAAAAUUUAUGUUUCUACACUUUUAUCUUUUAAACAUUGUAAGAGAUUGACAUUUCCAGAAAACAGGAAAAUAAGAAUGUGAUAAAAACGGGACUUCUUCAUUAGUUCAGAUUCUCUCUCAUCUAUAUCUUCAAGGAUUCUUCUCGCAAUGUUUUUCGCGGAUAGUUGAUAUCGCGCGAUAUUGCGUCUCUCCUAAAAGCCUCGAGACUGUAAUGUAUUUACGCACGCACGCAUGCACGCACGCACACAAUGGAUGCCAAAGAAAUGAGUGCAAGUUGGACCAUUAGAACAAUACAUUGGCGCAGUAUGCCAACUCGAAAUGGGGCCAGAAUAGCAAAGAGACAGAAAGAAAGAGAGAGACUAACGAUGGUAGUCUCUGUUUUAGAGUUAGGCAACUAAGCUCUUUCUCUCUCUCUCUUUAUCUAUCUUUUCCUCUCUCAUGGCUCAGGGCUCUGUCAAAGUCGGCAUAUAGUCGGCAAGUGCUACAGCUGCAGCUACUAUCUCAGUAGUAAAGCAGAGAGCGACCACGAUCCGAGAGACCUAUCUCGUUCCCGCCGUUUCGCGCAACGUCUUAUUUUCUUCUGUAAAAAUCCUUCUCCCUCUUGUGAGAUUCUCUCUUCAUUCUGUUCGUGUAGUGCAUUUCGUGAUUGAUUGAUUGAUUAUUAGGUGCUUGUUGUCGUGGUGGUUGUGUUGUUAUUAGUGGUGGUGGACUAACUGAACCGAGUCUAGAGCAUGACGAGAAAGCACACGGUGAUCGUAAAGCUCAAGAGAUCCGGCACAGGCAGGCCUUGGGGCAUAAGGAUCGCUGGAGGCGCCGAUUUGGACACGCCGAUCGUCGUCACCCGCUCGGAGAACGAGGCGCUCCAGAGGGGUGAUGUGAUCAAGAAAAUCGACGAUUAUGAUACGCGCGACAUGAGGCAUGUAGACGCACAGAACCUUCUCCAAAACUCCGAAACCAUAAAGCUAGUCGUCGAAAGGUCUGAGUCGUCGAGAGCCACGACAUCAUCACGUAUUACCACCGACACUACUAUCACCAUGUCACCAUCCACAGUUUUCAAGUCGAUCUUUGGCGACGGGGCUGCGGUCACUAGUCUGUAUAAACAGCCAAAGGAGUAUCCCCAGGAAUUACCGAAGAGCCCGAUACCGCCGCCUUCGGUCGAGGAAUAUAUAUCGACACCGAGCCCUGACUACACUCUUCGCAGCACGAUCAUUUUGCCGCAUGAUCAUCGUGAUGAAAUCCGCGAAGAGAGGGUUCAUUUGUCACAGCCCUACCGCACGACUCCUUUGGUCUUGCCAGGUGCUAAGGUCAAGAAGGAUGCCCCUCUCGGCGAAUGCUACCUGCGACAUCAUCCAAAUCCGAUGAUUAGGGCGGCGCCCCAUCAUUACGAGCCGGCUCACCCUGAAGUCGCUAUGAAGCAAAAGGUGGCGGAAACGGUACUUCAGCGUGUCAACGGACCGAAUGAAGUUCCAAAGAUUGUCCAUAAGCAAUUCAACUCGCCGAUUGGGCUUUAUUCGGAACAAAACAUUGCGGACACCAUCAAGUGCCAAGCGUCUGUCGUACCCAUUUUCAUAGACUUUUCCUUCCUGAAACAGAAACAGGAAAUACAGGAGCAAGCGAAAAUCUUGAAGGAGCAGGCCAAGGCCGCCUCCUCGAAGAAUGUCUGGCCGCAAUUCAAUAAGCCAAAUUAAAAAUUGUCGAGAGACGUUCGAGACGUUUUCCGAUGCUUCUCACACGUCGGAUCUACGACCGCAAAGUUUUCUGAUUUUCACAUGUAAUUCAUUGGGCACGUUUCUUUGUUUUACUAAAGUAUACAGUUUAAUAUAAUUAAACUGUAUAAGUUUAAUUAUAUAUAUAUAUAUAUACACGCGGAUUAUUAAAUAA